AUGGAGUCAAACACCGAAGAUGAAACUCAACGAACUUCAAUGCUGCAUCCGCACGAAGAACGAUCGUCAUCAAAACGAUUCUUGAAAAAAUUUGGAUUUCACAAGAGUAAGAGAGUGUGUUGCAAGAAUAUUUGGUUGACCGAGGAUUAUGAACCGACGUACCUCUUCUGGGCUAUACUUUUUAGUUCCUCGAUCCUCCUCAUGGCUGCUUUUGCGACUACUCCGGUAACAUAG